ACAAGCUGACGCGGAAAUCGAAAAUGUGUGGCUUUUUCUUCAACCGGCAUGUAAAUUUACUUUACUAUAAAGCCUUGCCUAUUGUCUUGAUAUAUUCAUUGUAGCGGUUAUAAGCGAUGUUUCUUCACCAACACGUCAGUAUGUUUUAGACGCUGACAAAACUGUUACAUCAGAUUUUCUAGCGUGGUGGUUACGUUUGCUAAUCAGCUAAUAGCGAAGUUGAAUGGGAAAAUGCCAACCAGGAUAUCGAUUACUUCAUUUUAUGUAGUAUUUUUACUUUUACAAGUGCAUUACAGCUACACGAAAGAUUUGAAAAGUUCUUGCUCAACAUGUAGACAGAUUGCAGACAAUUUCAACAAGGGUUUUGAUAGAACGGUUAAGCAGAAUUUUGGUGGUGGAAAUACAGCAUGGGAGGAGAGGGCAUUGUCCAAAUAUGAGACCAGUGAGAUUCGUCUGGUGGAGAUUGUUGAAGGACUGUGUGACAGCAGCAGCUUUGAGUGUAAUCAGAUGGUAGAAGAGCAUGAGGACCACUUUGAAACUUGGUGGUUCAAGAGGAAAUCAAAGCACCCUGACAUUUUCAAAUGGUUUUGCAUUGAGACCAUCAAAGUAUGCUGUCCCAGUGGAACAUUUGGCCCAGACUGCAAUGGCUGUGUUGGAGGAUCAGAGAAACCUUGCCAUGGUAAUGGCCGGUGUGAUGGUGAAGGGACAAGGGGAGGCAAUGGCAAGUGCCUUUGCAACCGUGGAUACAAAGGGGAGCUCUGUCUGGACUGCACUGAUGGAUACUUCAGCAAGGAAAGAAAUGACACGUUCUCUCUUUGUACAGAGUGCCACACCUCUUGUAAAACCUGCACAGGCCCCACCAAUAAGGACUGUGAUGACUGCAAAGAUGGGUGGGAGGAGGAUGACGAUGAGGCGUGCAUUGAUGUUGAUGAGUGUACUGAGGAUUCUUCCUCAUGUAAAGAGGAUCAGUAUUGCUUAAACACUCCUGGCUCAUACUCCUGCAAAGCUUGCGACAAGGUCUGUUCUGGCUGUAAAGGGCCUGGACCCGACCAGUGUCUAGCCUGCUCGGAAGGAUUCACGGAGGAGGAAGGCAAAUGCAUCGAUAUUAACGAGUGUGAUCAGCCUGAAUCUGUAUGCACUGAGGAGCACCAGGAGUGCCUCAACACCAUUGGAAGCUACAAGUGCCAGUGUGCUGUAGGUUUCCAUGAAGAGGACGGAGCCUGCAUUCCAACUGCCACAUUAGAGGAGAAUCAACAAUCAUCUGAAGAUCAACAAGCCCCUGAUAGUGAGAAGCCUGCGGCGCAUGAGGACCUGUGAUGCCACUCUGAUUUUUAAUUCCUGGAUUGAACACAAGGGGGCGCUAAAGCACUGUGUUGGUCCCUCACAAGCAGCAUGUCAUGAGUUGAAUGAUGCUUUGGACAAUAUGGCCCUCACUGAACUGAACUGCCUCAAUUUAAGGCAAUUUUAUACCAGGAACUGGCCCGUGGAAUAGAGGUCAAAUCUGUCUCAUUUUCUGAGUGUAAGUUGUUUUUGUUGCCCUGUGACUAGGAGGAAACAUUGUUUUUCAAGCCAACCUUUAAUUGUUUUAAUAAGAGGUCUUAUUGUGUUUGUAACCAAGCAGCUAGUAAUGUUUCCCUCCUUUGUCCCUCAUCAGAGGACAGUGAAAACAGCACCUCUGCUGGUUUUAGAAUGAACACCAGAUGGCAGCAUAGCCCAGAAAAAAAAGGAAAGUUGGGGGAAAUGGAAAUUUACCGACAUUAAAUAAAGAAAACAU